AUGCAACAAUCAUCAAGAUCAACCAACCGUAAUAACAUUAUGUUGGAUGACAUUGAUAUGGAACUGGUAAGAAGAAAGUAUUUUGGAACUGCUAAAAAUAACAAAAGUAGCAGUGGUAAUAAUGAUGAUAACAUGACAGGACAUUCAGAAAUGAUGGCAUCUUGUACUAGGCUUUAUGAUCAGCUAGAUAAAAUAUCAGAUUUACUUUGUGAUUUCACUGAAUUAUCUAAAACAUAUCUUAAAAAGGAUUCAAAAAAGUUGAUAGAUUUACAAAAUAAAUGGUCAAAAAAUAUUUUAAAAAUGAAAAACUUGGUUAAGCAUUUGAAAAUUUUAGUAUUGGAUAGUGAUGAUGAAAAACCACAAGGAGUUAAUAAAUGUGAUGAUGAUUUUGUUGACGGUAUUAUGAUAGGUACAGAAUCUAAUCCACUUGUUAUAACUGAUUCUUAUGACCUAUCAGAUAUAUUAAAUACAGAUGAUGAUAAUAAUAAUAACAAUGGUAACGGCAAUAAUAAUAAUUUUACAUAUCUAUUUUCUGAUGAUGAUGAUGUCAAGGAAUUUUUGAAGAAUAUAAAAAAUACAAUUGAAAUGUAUGAUAAUGAGUUUGAUUAUAGAAUUAUAAAUGGGUUCCCAUUAAAUUUAAAACAAAAAGGUAAAGAACCACAACCAAUAGUUCCAGAAAUUAACAAUAUUAAUAGUAAUGAUUGUAAAAAUAAAAAAGAUUGCAGUGAUAAUGGUGGUAUGGAAUUGGAAGUUGAAAUUGAUACAUCAAAAUUGGAACCAAUCGAUAAACUUGGAAAUUUGCAGUGUAUAGAUUUCCAUCAAGGUAGUGGUGAUGUUAAUGAAAUGGCAAUUCAUAUUUCAAAGUUCAAAAAUCAUGAAGUGCCUAAACUUGCAAUUGCUUACAUUGCAAAUCAUGACCCAAAAUAUAAUAUGGCAGGUAAUUUACAAUUAUUUGAUGCUAGGAAAGGAACUGUAUAUUACUUACAAGGACAUUAUGAUUAUCAUACAGAAACUACAAAUGAAAAACUAUGGAAAUCUGUCACGGAUGUGAAAUUUUCCCAGGGAGGGAAAUUUAUUUACUCUUGUUCUACUGAUAAAAAAGUUAUUAUCUGGUCAUCAAUAGGUAAAGAAGAUCAAAUUUGUACUCCCUUGGCAACUGUAGAAUGUGAAGGCACUGUAAAUCGCAUUGUUGUUAAACAUGACAAAUCUAAGGCCACAUAUCAAUUUGCGUCAUGUGACAAUUCAGGCAGCAUCACAUGUUUUAGUUUGAACGCAGAUGAAGGUAAUUCUUAUAAGCUAGAUAAAAAUAUUUUGCAAGUGAAAACAAAAACAACAACUGCUCCACCUAUUGUUGACAUAAUUUAUGGUAUUGACUAUUUUGAUCAGACCAUCAUUGCCGGUUUUGAAGGAAUUGAAUCACAGAAAGAUGGUUUUAUAAGAUUAUGGGAUAUAGAAACAAAAAGAAAGUUAGUUGAUUAUAAGAUAGGCAGUAACAAUAGUGUGAGUUGCUUGGGAAUGUCAACAUCUGGAUAUCGGGUGGCAUGUGGGGUGACAUCAACUAGUGACCAGGUUAGGAGUGAUGGGAAUAUACGUUUGAUUGAAUUAGAAUCUAACGAAAAGAAAAUAUAUCAAACCAAUGAAUAUGAUUCAAAUGUUAUUGCAUUUUCACCAGAUGAUCAAUAUAUUGCAUUGGGAGGGGUGGGGAAUAAAGUUUGGGUAUUUGAUACAAGAUAUGAAAACAAGCCACUUCGAAUGCUUCCUCACACUACCCCAAAUGAUGGACUGAUAUAUGAAGGAAUCAAUGGAAUUCAAUGGAUUAAUAGUAACAUGAUUUUAACUGGAGGUUCAGAUGGUAUUGUUAAGUUAUGGGAUAUUAAUAAGUCAGAUAAUUCAUCCACUUGUUUGAAAUACGAAUUCCCAGAACAUGAUAGCCCAAUAACAUGUAUCAGAGCAAAUGAAGAUUUGAAUUAUUUGUCAGUUGGUGUGUCAACAGGACGUGUUUACUUAUACUCUACUGAUCAAGCUGUAUUGAAUAAUAGGGACAAUAUUAAAUUUUAUUGCCAAAGUUUAGAUGAUAUAUCUGUAUUAGGUGAAGAUGAAGAAGAGGAUGAAAAUACUAUAUAUAAUGAAGAUAAUAUUAAAUUGGAGGGGUCUGAAGAAUUAAUUUUGAAAGAUGAUUUAAAUCUUGAUCAAUCUUUAAAAGACAAUGGCGGCAAUGAUAAGGCUACUCUCGCCCCUCUAUUUGUACGUUUAGCAUGGCAUGCCUCUGGAACUUUUGAUAAAAUAACUAAGACUGGUGGUUCUAAUGGUGCCACUAUGCGAUGCCCUAAAGAAGCUAAUGACGGUGCUAAUAACGGUUUAAAGUUAGCAAGAGAUGAACUAGAAAAAAUCAAAGAAAAAUUUCCUGAAGUAUCUUACGCAGAUAUUUGGACUCUAGCAGGAGUUGUUGCUAUAAAAGAAAUGAAGGGACCGGAGGUACAAUGGACUCCUGGCCGCAAAGAUAUAGAUAUACAAACUCAAGAGUCGUUAGUCCCAGACCCUGGUCGUUUACCUGAUGCUGACAAAGGUGCAGAUCAUAUAGAAGCUGUUUUUUCUAGAAUGGGUUUCAAUAACCGUGAAACCGUCGCUUUGAUAGGCGCACAUUCACUUGGUCAUUGUCAUCCAGAAACUUCGGGUUAUGAGGGUAGAUGGACACAUUCUCCAACGACUUUUACAAAUAUGUUUUUUAGACAUUUAUUAAAACCGGGUUGGCAAGAAGCGACAGUUGAGUCUAGUGGAGCUCUUCAGUACGAAGCAGGGGGGCUCAUGAUGUUACCAUCUGAUAUGGCAUUACUUGACGAUAGAUUUAGAGGACAUGUUGAAGAAUUUGCCAAUAAUCAAGAAGCAUUCUUUAGGGCAUUUGCUGCAGCUUUUGGAAGACUAUUGGAACUUGGUUUUAUUGACUCGGGUAGGAAGGCCAAAUUAUAA